CGGCGCCCGAGGAGGCCGAGGCGGCGGCGGGCCGGACGAGCGCGGAGGUGGCGGACGAGGCCAGGGCCCCCAUGGGCGGGUGUGUGGGCGCCCAGCACGACUCCUCGGGCAGCCUCAACGAGAACUCGGAGGGCACCGGAGUUGCUCUCGGUCGUAACCAGCCUUUGAAAAAGGAGAAACCAAAAUGGAAAAGCGAUUAUCCUAUGACAGAUGGACAGCUGCGCAGCAAGAGGGACGAAUUUUGGGACACUGCACCAGCUUUUGAAGGCCGGAAAGAGAUUUGGGAUGCCUUGAAGGCUGCUGCACACGCUUUUGAGAGCAAUGAUCAUGAACUGGCACAAGCAAUCAUUGAUGGUGCAAACAUAACCUUACCACACGGUGCGCUUACGGAGUGCUAUGAUGAACUGGGGAGCAGAUACCAGCUUCCCGUGUAUUGCUUGGCACCGCCAAUCAACAUGAUAGAGGAAAAGAGYGACACAGAGACUCUGGACAUUCCUGAGCCACCACCCAACUCUGGCUAUGAGUCCCAGCUCCGACUGCGCCUCUCCACAGGCAAAGACCUCAAGCUUGUGGUGCGCAGCACAGACACGGUGUUCCACAUGAAGAGACGCUUGCACGCAGCCGAAGGAGUGGAGCCGGGAAGCCAGCGGUGGUUCUUCUCAGGCAGACCUCUCACCGACAAAAUGAAGCUGGAGGAGCUGAAGAUCCCCAAGGACUACGUCGUGCAGGUGAUCGUGAGCCAGCCCAUGCACAACCCCACGCCAGUCGAGAACUGAGCCGAGCCGGCUCCCCUCUCCUGUUUGUUAUUGUUGUCAUUUUCAACUCUGUGGCGUGAAACCUAUUUUCACUGCUCUGAAUUCCCUAUGAAUGAAUUUAGUUCUGAGGAAUUACCAGUGAAAAAUUCCAUCUGUGAWGGRGACCAACAAAAAUAAUAAAACACAAAGAGCCAG